AGGGCAGCUUCUCGAAUGUCUUCUCCAAGCUAAUCGACGGAAUGCCCGCUGGCACAAUGUUUGCCAAAUUCAAGAGCACCAACGUGGCCGCCUCCACAUCGAUGCAGAAUGUGGCCGAGGGCAAUCCCAUCACGCAGUACUUCGAAAUAGGCAAGCCGGUGGCCUGUGCCGGCCCAGAGUUGGUGUGGCGCAUCCACGAUGCCUACCGCAAGAGUGACAACAGGGAAUGUUCAGUGUUUAUAUUCGAGAAGAAAAUUGCAGAGAAACUGCAUAAGCCCCGUCGCAAGGAAGCCAUAACGGAGCUGCUAAAGAGUUCGGUGAAAACUCUGGAGCGUUUUCGCCAUCCGCGGAUACUGCAGAUCUAUCAUACGGUCGAGGAGAGUGCGGACACACUGGCCUUUGCCUCGGAGCCCAUCUUUGCCAGCCUCUCGAAUGUGCUGGCCUUUCACGAGUCGAAGACCUAUGAGAGCGCCAAUGUGACCCCGGCGACGGGCGGAGCGGCGGCGGCCCAGGCUCAAGCGGCUGCUCAGGCGGCGGCCAACACUUUGCCCCAGCGACCUGCCCAUGCCAAGGAAUACAAUUUCUUGGACAUGGAGCUAAAGUAUGGCUUUCUCCAGGUGAGUUGUGAGUGGCAGGUGACCAGCAACGACCAGCGUCUCCUGACCCUGUUUGCUAACGUUUUGCAGCUAACCGAGGCCCUGGCAUAUCUACACUAUUCCGGUCACGUAAUUCAUCGCAAUGUGUGUCCAUCUUCUAUACUAAUAACAAAGCGCGGCAUUUGGAAGCUGGCCGGGAUGGAAUAUGUGGAAAGAAUGAACGAGAACGAUUUGAAUAGCUCAAUUCCGUGUCCACCGUGGAGCAACAGGGUGUCCAAGAUGGCCCAGCCGAGUCUGGACUUUAUGGCUCCCGAAACUCAGUCAACGUCCAAGUGCAGCCUGCUUAGCGACAUGUUCUCGCUGGGAAUGGUGAUCUGUGCGGUAUACAACAGCGGAAGGCCACUGAUUCAGGCCGGUAACUCCACCUCCAAUUAUGCCAAGCAACUGGAAACGCUGGAUGAUCUGGUCCACAAGCUGAUGCCCCGGCUGCCAAUUGCCCUGCAGGAGGCCACCUCCCGAAUGGCCAGUAGGGAUGCAACCGCCCGGCCCACCGCCCAGCUCCUGCAGCUCAUCAAGUACUUCAUCGAUCCGGCUAUAAAUGCCCUCAAAUUCCUGGACGUUGUCAACAUGAAGGACACGCAGCAGAAGUCGCAGUUCUACAAGACCACCUUGAUAGAAGCCAUGCCGCUGAUACCACGUAAACUCUGGUGGCAGAACAUCUGGCCCAUGCUCAAGUCGGAGAUCAACAAUAACGAGGUCCUUGCCGCGGUCCUGCAGCCGGUCAUGCUCUUUGUCCAGGAAGCCACGCACACGGAGUACGACAACCUAAUGUCGACCACCAUGAAAGUCGUCUACAAUACACCGAAAUCCAUUCAGGCCAGCGUUACGAUACUUGAGAAUUUGCAUUUGAUUAUCGAGAAGACGAAGCCGGAGGAUGUCACCACGGACAUAAUGCCAAUGUUGUUCUGCUCCUUCGACGGUUCCACGAUACAAGUGCAGAGUGCUGCCGUCGUGGCCGUGGCCAAUGUAUUUGAUAGCAUCGAUGAGCUCUCCAUCCGGCGCAUGGUUCUGCCCAAGGUGAAACUGGUGUUUGAGAAGAACAUUACAGAUCCAAAGAUAGUUCAGAAUGUGCUGAUGUGCAUCGAGCGGGUAAUGGACCGCAUGGAGCGGGCACAGGUCAUGGAUGAGGUACUGCCUUUGCUGGCAAACAUACGGAUUCCCGAUCCCGAUAUCAUCAUGCGUACUGUGCGCAUCUAUCAUAAACUGUUUGUGGACAAAACGUACGGCCUGACCGUGGAGACCAUGGCCACCAAUGUGCUGCCUCUGCUCAUACCGCAUACCGUCAAUCCGGCACUCAAUUUCGAGCAAUAUUGUUACCUGCUGGAGGUGCUGCAACAGAUGCUGGAGGCGAUCGAUCGGCAGCAACGGAACAAAUUGAAGCUGGACAACCUGUCGAUGGCCUCGCCGGAAAGGCACCGCACCCUGCGUCACCAGUUCUCCACGGACAACAUGAAUGCGCCGCCCUUCAACAUACCCAACUUGCGUAUAGAUCAACGCAAGACGUCCAGUGCCGAGGACAUGGCUCGCAAGAACUCUGGCGGAUCCGGCAUGCUGGGCGGCUGGUGGUUCGGUUGCUCGCCCUCAUCGCCGGACAGUAACUUCCUGAGAGUCGGGAACGUGUUCCCCAACCGGCGGCUGUCGGACAACACGUUGAUGACGCCGAAGAUCCGGAUAGCGCCCUCGUGCGCCAGCUCGCCGGGCGGCACUCCGGGCAGCGGGCUGCCAACCAGGAGGCACUCGAGCAUCGGGCCGCAGGAACGGCGGGGCUCCACCAUCAAUUUGUCACCGCCAACUAAAUCUCCUUUAUUGUACUCCCAAAAACAGGGUGGCUCCAUGCCGAACACCUCGAGCAGCGUCCCCUUUCUGCUGUCGUCCAGCAUGCAGAGCAUUAGAUCGCGCCGCCAGUCCACGGUCCUCUCAUCGGGUCCACUCGGCUCCGGAUCGGGCCUACUGCAGCAGCUGGGAUCCGGCAUGUAUCAACUAUUCUCCGGACGUAACUAAGAUCGCAAAAAAAAUACAGAAAUAAAAACAUUCAAAAGAAUCCAAUUACUUUUCAAUGCAAUUUCGGUCCAUUUAUGAAACACCAGUAAUCAACUAACAAAUAUAUAUAUAUAUUAGAGUUAUAUAAUUAUGACAUUGUAAAAGUGUACCAAGAGCAAGCUUAAAACCAAUCUAAAUGUUGUUAGCCAAUCCAAUUCGAUGUGACCAAAACAACAAAGGUAAUCCGCAAACUUAAUGUAAUUUAACAAGAGAAAAGUGUCAAACACACACACCCACACCCAAACACAAUCCCAAAGGAACCACAAAGGACACUAGGCAAAAUGCAAUCAAUUCAUAGAAGACCCUAACUAAUACAAAAAUUUAUUAUAAAUGUUUACGCUAGGCCCACAUAUCGAAUAUUCCUCACAUAUAGCAUACUGAUAUUUUACUAAUUAUUUAAUGCAUAUUCUUAAUGAAAUCAUAUCAUAAAUCAUCACCACACUCAAAGGAAUCAUCGGAAUUUGUGCGACAAAGUUUACUUUUCCCAGCAUACAUACAUAUAUCAUAUCUCUAGCACAUACCUCAAAAUAUGAAUAUGCAAUUAACUACAAUCGAAAUCGAGUACCUACUGUACGACGUACCUAGGCAUCAAGAGAAUCAAAUUUAUCCCAGAGCUUUACGGCAGACGCAAUCAAAAUGAAUAUACAUAAAUAACCACAAAUAUGAAAGGAUAUUUUUUAUCGAUCGAGAGUUCCAGCCUGCCCCCGCCUCAUCAUCCAAUCCAUUCCUAUAAUACUUACACUUUUAAGUACUCCUGAUCAAGCGGAAUAUACUGAACCGACCAGAAAACUAUACCCAAAACUACUACUAAGGUGAAUACACGAAUCCUGAAACAGAUACAAGUCCCGAACAAUUAAUGGAGGCAACAACUCAAUCUCUCAGAUUUAUAGUCAAUUUGUAUAGAUGUGUGGUAGUUGGUAAACUCAUGAAACUACCUAUAUAGUGGAGAAGUCUUCGACGUAUUCAUUACAAAAGCGGCUAUUAAGCGAUUAUCAUUGUUGUGUGGUAUGUUUUAGCGGAAAAUAGAAACCAAAUAUGAAUUUAUAUAUAUGUAUACAAGAAGAAAGCAAGGCGAACUCUACCUAGGACACGCUGAAACCUACUUUAUAUAUAUACACACGAAUGAUCUAUGCUCUGAAUAACACGACACGGAAACGGGACAAUCAAAAUUCUACCGACACAACACUCUUUGCCAAUACACAAUAAUUUACCAAUUAUAUGAAUUAUUCGUUGCUGUUGCGUUUGUUUUGUCGUCUUCGUUGUGUUCGUUCGAUCCUGCGGGAUUUGCAUUUGGUUUAUGCCACGAUCUAAUGAUCCCGAAACUCCAGCAUAUCCUUGCCAUGCACCCGAAUCUGCUUUUGCAUUGUGUUGAGUCCUAGUCUUAGUUUUAGUUUUAGUUGUUAAAGCUCGUUUCGAUGACAUUUUCGGGAGCUUAGACCAGGCAUAUCGGUAUGGUUUACUAGCGUUUAAUCGUAUGUAUAAAUAAUUAGAUUUACUUAAUUUUAAUUAAUUAAUUACACAAGCUAAAGAGAAACCAAGAAGAAGGGGAAAACAAAAAGCUCAAACUGGACUGAAC